AUGAUCAAUAUCUGGGGCCGCGACAUCACCUACAAGUUCCACCCUGAACUACGGGUCUUCUACAUUGCUACCUGUUUCACUUGCCCGAUCAACUUGUAUGCCGGAUACCUCAUCUAUGCCAAAACGCCGCCGGAAAUGCGCGAUUACCGCUAUAUUUUGAUGCAUAUUUGGGCUUGGUCAUCGCUAGCCGAUGUGCUCCUCAUCCUUUUCCUGGAGCUCCAACUCUUCCUCCCGCUGUUCGGCGGCACGACCUCAUCAGCAUUGAUCGUCUACUUUGCGCCCGUGAUGCCCGAUUCCGGAUAUAGCUUCUGGAUGAUCCUCAUGCUCGCCCUGGUCAACACGUCGCUCGCGAUUCUGGAUGGGUUCUUCUACCGCCUGGCAGCGCUGGACUCGGUCGGGUCGGCGCACUUGAAAACAACCCUCAAGGCCGUCGCCAUCUUCAUGCACACCUUCAAUUCGGGCCUGACACUGAUCUGCCAGUUUCUCUCGUACACACCUAGGGACGAGAUGGACGCGUUCAUCCUGCGCGAGUAUCCGCAGCACGCGGACAUCGUAACACUCUCAAACUACGUGCUGCUCGAGCCGGCGUUAAAUCCGCAUAACGCAUACCUCUUCGCGGUGAUCCCUGUUGGGAAUUUUGUCGUCACGCUGAUGGUGGCAUGGACGAUCACCACCCCAGCCAUCUUUUUCUAUCUGCCCACCUGGUUUGGGUGUUCCUAUUUCUUCUUCGAGCGAACCGGCUCCUCCGAUUUGGUUAACCUAAUUGCCCACAUCUUUCUAUGCCUAUUCUGCCUUCACGCUUUCUUGAACGUGCUGAUUGUUAUCAUCACGAUAAAACCCUACAGGAUGGAGGCAUGUCAAAUGCUGCAGAGGAUUGGACUUUUAAGAAGCCCGAACCGUGUCGACAACGUGAGGAGAGGUGACAAUACUUCCGUCACCGCUGCAACCAUCCAGAAAGUGAAAUCU